AUUUUCUAGUACACACUGCUGAUUUGGCGCCAAAACAAUGGUGUACCUUUUAGUUUAAAGCAGUUUAAAGUAAUUGAAAUGUUCUCUGCGCACGUUCAAUUUUUCACUUUUGACACAAAAUAAAUUCUAUUAUUGAAUCACUAUUACUAUAAAGUGAAAUUGCAACACAGCAAUAUAUUGUGAGAUAACUAUUACACAUAUAGUAAUAUCUAAAAUUUACUAUGGAAUCAUUGAAGCCAAUAGCAUUUUAUGGAGAAGAAUCGAAGAAAUGGGAAUACAAACCAUAUUGGAAAACAUUAAAUGAUAAUAUAUCAUCUGAUACGGAGCCACAAACGAUGCCACAAUCUCUUACUGGGCCUACACAAUUUUGGUCAGAAUUUUGCAAACAAAUAGAUGCUUUAAUCUGUGCAAAGGAACACAGUACUGUAGCAGAUCUUCUGUGCACAUUUGUCUAUCAAAAUAGUGAUGGAUAUCGAAAAUUUGUAGUAGCGCAUCCAGAAGUUUACUGGUGGUAUUACAAGAAGAUGAAACCAGAAAGAAAAUGUUCAUAUGAGGUGAUUCCAGAAGGUCAUCCAUGUCGAGCAUAUUUUGACUUGGAAUUCAAUAUUGACUUGAACCCAACCAGCAAUGGUGAAAGAAUGACAGCAACAUUUAUUGAUAUUUUUUGUGCUUAUAUGCUGAAAUAUUGGGGGUUGCCUUGUGAUAAAACUAAUGUUCUUAAUCUAGAUUCCACGACUGAACAAAAAUUCAGCAGACAUUUAAUAUUUGCUAUAAAAGAUAUUGCUUUUAAAGAUAAUCUACAUUUGGGAAGGUUUAUUAAAAAGAUACAUCAUGAUAUCAUACAGUAUGUGCAAGUUGGAACGCCUCACGUCAUUCUCAAUUCUUUUGAGAAAUGUGAAAUAGAGAAACUAAUCAUUGAAACGCCUUCAGGAAAAAAAACCUUUAUCGAUAUAGGCGUAUAUACAAGAAAUCGACACUUUCGGAUUUAUCAGUCUUCUAAAUGGGGAAAACAAUCCUACCUAACUCUUUCCUCAGAUUGUGCUUACGUUCCAGACAAAGAGUCUAAAGAUAAAGAGCUCAAUAUUUUCUUAAAUUCCCUUAUAAGUUAUCUCCCCAAUACAAAGGAUCUAAUAUUACUGGAAUUUAACAAAGGCGAUAAUUCUCAAACGAGAAAGUUUACCAAAGAUCUUACUCAAAGGAUAAUAUCUGAUAAUCCCACUACUACCUCGAAAUAUCCUAUUCUGGAUAACUACAUUUUAAAAUUAAUAUAUCCUGGAAAAAUAAGAGCAUGCAAGUAUAUUAAGAAACCGAAGGCCAUAAUAUAUGAAAUUUAUGGAUUCAGAUACUGCAAUAAUAUAAAGAGGCAACAUAAAAGCAAUAAUAUUUAUUACGUUGUUGAUUUGGAAACGAUGGUACUUCUCCAAAAAUGUCAUGAUGAAGAUUGUGCAAUGUUUAGCUCUGAUCUUCAAUGGCUACCGCCAGAAAUAAGUUUCCAAAUAGAUGAAGAAAAUGACUCAUUCCUUUCUACUGUCACAGAAGAUGUUGCUGAAUUCGAAGAAGAAGCUAUUAAACCGAAUAACGAAAAUAAUAAUAAUGAAGUCAAAGAAUCACAGCCGGGUUUGUAGAUACAGUUGCACACAGAUCCAAAAUUAUUGGCAUAAAUGAAUUCCUAUCUAAAUAUCUUUAUUUGACUACACAAAAACUUCGUAUUUAUAUAUUUACACAGUACUAUUACUGUAAGUACUAUAUUUCUAGCUGACUCCUCUCAUUUUUUAAUUGUUUUGGCAUAAAAUUCGCAUAAUACAUUGUGAUUAUGUAGCGAACUUAUGUGAUGUUUAUAAUGCUUUAAUGUUUUAAUGUUUAAUAGUAAUCUAGACUCGCAAACUGUUUGUACAUUUAUAUGUCAUGAUUAACAUAUUGUUUUAAAUAAAUACAUUCGCGCCAAUGUGUAUUAAAA